GCACUGGACUGCACCGGCGAACAUUCGACCGAAGCAUUUUGCGAACGCGUCCAUCACUCGCCCAACACGCAACGGUAUAACACGUACACGACGUCACCGAGUCUCUUCGACAAGUUUCGUUUCGCUGCACAGCCAUCAUAUACGCCGUCGACGAAUCCCAAGCCAACAGAUUUUUAAAUCAUCGACAAAAACAAAGUAUACACAAUGAACAAAUUACUAUCAAUUGCCGUCUUGUUGGCUGUAACUGUUUGCUCGUGCCAUGGUAGUUUUGAUCGUAGAAGCAUCAGAUCAGCAGCAACUGAGGUUUCUGUCAACGCAGACGACCCGAUUGACACAAUCGCAUCCCGAGAUUCGGCAGCCGCAGAUACUUUUGAUGUGUUUACAGCCAGGGCCAAGAAGGGCGGCCACAAGAGCAAGAUGGAGGCCAUGCACAUGGGCCUGAGCUACGUGAAAAUGGUGCUCAGCACGCUGAUGGCGGCCAUCGGACACGUGUUCGCGUUCAAGAGCGUCGGGCUGAGCCUGAUCAGCGUGCUCAUCCAGAUCGCGCAGUUCAUCAUGGUGCUGAAGAAGAACCGGGACAGCCAGCCGCCGUCGUACAAGAUCGUCGAGACCCCGUGGCACACGUCGCCCACCGAGUCGUACGGCGCUUACGGUUCGUACGCCGGCCACGCCAAGUCGGCCGCCGCGGUCGACUAUUCGCCGUACGCCGCCGCGCCGCCGGCCAGGAGACGCCGGUGAUGACGGCAGGAUAAUAAUAUAAUAUUAUUGUUACGAUGAUGUGUAUUGACGUCCGGUCCACACGGAAGACCCGAUGACUGCGCAGGAGGUGGACAGACGACAUAAUAUUUUAUAUCGUGUGUAUACCACCUGCCUAUAUAUAUAUAUAUAUAUAUUAAUAAAUAAGCAAACGACAACGGCAGCACACCGCCAUCGCUGCGAAAUAUAUGCCAUCCGCCGUCAUCGCGGAGGCAUUACAAUUUAUAUACAUCAUCACGUCAUAUAACCGCGAAACAUAACAUUUCGGCCAUUUUUUAUUAUUAUUAUUAUUAUUAUUAUUAUCAUUUAUUAUAAUAUUUAUUUAUAUAUGUAUUUUAUUUAUCACGUGUGACGUGUACGCGCGCGUACAUAUAUUAUAUGAAUAAAUUAUUUAUUAUCAUCAUUA